UCGUGGUCGCCAACAUAUAUCCUGCAGGGCUCUGCAGCGUCUCGCAUGUCAUUCGGAAACAGCUGAUAAAUCAACACGAAGAAAACAUCACUGUCACUGCAACAGUCCCAAUCACUGGAUUUACCCUUAACUCUCGGAGUGAAUCAGUGAAAUUAGCAAAAUUAUCGAAUUCUCGGGCAUGAUUUUGCUGCUCUUGUUGGUCGUGAAUGCGUUAUUCGACGUUGUAACGUGUAUCUCGCAGCAUCCUGUGCUGAUCGUGGUGUCAUACGAUGCAUUCAGAUACAACUAUUUUGAGAAGAAUGGCUCACUCUACAUGGAUAAGCUGCGUAAGGAGGGCACCUACGCCGACUACAUGUUAAAUGUUUUCCCAACGAAGACGUUUCCUAACCAUCACAGCAUUGCUACUGGUUUAUAUCCAGAGAGUCAUGGAGUUGUAGGCAACUCCUUCUAUGAUCCAAAACUCAAACGGGUAAUCAAGAUGAGUGAGGAAAUGUGGAGAUUUAGAGAUGAUAUUAUUCCUAUUUGGACUUUGAAUGAAAUAAGGGGCGCCGGGCGAUACUCCGGGUCAAUGAUGUGGCCUGGUGCAAAAUACUUGUACAACAAUAAAAACAUCACAUAUAUUCAAGAUUGGGACAUUGAUGCAGACUGGUACAAAAGAGUGGAUACUAUAAUUUCAUGGAUUAAAAAUCCAACAAAACCUGCAAAUCUUGUUAUGUUAUACUUUGAAGAGCCAGAUACACAUGGGCAUGUCUAUGGUCCAGAAUCAGACACAGUUUUCAAUCUGUUAAAGCGUCUGGAUAAUAUUACGCGCUACAUUGAUGAUCAAUUGUUAGCCAAUGACCUAGCUGAUUAUGUUAAUGUUAUUCAUUUGAGCGACCAUGGUAUGAGUUCUGUUAGUCCGCCAAAUUUCAUCAAUAUUACUCAGUUCCUUAAAAGUAACACAUAUGAAAUUGCCGAUACUUCGCCCUGCUUGCAUAUUAUUCCAGAUUCAGAUUUCGAGCAAGAAACCUACAAGAAUUUAAGACAGGCAUCAAGGGAACACGGAAACUUUUCGGUUUAUUGGAAGAAAGAUCUACCGAGCAAAUGGCACUUCAAAAAUAAUCGACGAGCGCCACCGAUUUUUGUACUUGCAGAUCCAGGCUAUGCUUUUCAGGAUUUAGCUGAAGCUGCGCAAACAUACGCUUUGAAAUAUCACAUUAACAUCACACCCGAAUCGCAAUUUGGCGUGCAUGGUUAUGACAACGAAGACACGGACAUGCAUCCAUUCUUCAUGGCGCGCGGCCCCAAGAUCAAGAAGCAGCAUAAGGUUUCGCCGUUCCACACCGUCGACUUGUACAAUUUGUUCUGUGAUAUUUUAGAAAUUAAGCCGGUCGCUAAUAACGGCAGCUCGGCGAAUAUUAAGGCCAUUCUAGUCUCGCAAGCCGAACGUAAUCACUUCACGACGCUGGGAAUAGCAGUAGUCGCUGUCAUAGUAUCGCUAAUGCUAGUGAGCUGCGGGGCGGCCAUCACAUUGCUUGUAAUCAAGCGGCAGCAGAACAUUACGACGAUUGCGGCACUGAAUAAACGUUUCCCGCAAACGUUCAACACAAACGCCGGUAUUGAGGCGCAGCACCUUCUCGAGUCCGAAGAAGCAUGAGUAAAAAAGACAUCGUCGCCGGAGUAACAAUUUAAUGGCGCAUUCAUUAUUAAUUCGUAAUUGUUAAUUAUUGACGAAUGCAAAGAUAAAUUGCUUGUAACACGCAUAAAAAAUUGGGAUACUUAAAAACAUGUGCGUAUAUUGCAUUCUAAUACGUACACUCAUGGGAUUAAUUUCAUAUAGUUACUACAUAAGUAGCAUAAAAAGGUUAACAUUUAGAGGCCAGCUUCUCGACAGUUAGCAAAUUAGCAAUAUUAUAAUCAAUUAGUUACAAGUAAGACGAAUUAAAUGAGAUUUUCAUAAACCUCGAUCACACACAAUCAUUAGUGUAAUUAGUGGUAUAAAUUUAGUAGAUGUGUAAAAUAUGAAUGAACGAAAAGGUCCCUUUUGUAAUUGUGAUAAUUUGAUAGCUUAAAAAAGAUUGGUUGUUUCUUAAAUGUGGUGACAACUAUCUUUAGUGAUAUUGCUAUUGUUAAUUGUUAGUUUUCUAAAUAUUUGCCACAUAUUGUAACCACAAUGAAAACAAAUCAACGAAUUCGUCCACAUUUCCUACCAAAUACAAAAAUGUCCAAGAUGUUUUUUAUUCGCUUCACGUAUUAUAAUCGCACACAGAUACAAUUUGGCACAUUUUAUCUUAAUAAUUUGAAUUGGGUAGUAACGACCACAUAAUAAUUAUUGACAUGGAAAGUUUGAAGCAACCAAUGACAAUAUAAAGAUUCAAGGGUUACAAGAUUUAAAAUUAUACGGUUACAUUUAGCACUUCCAAAACGUAAAAAAGAAAAUAGAAGCAAAUUUUACUUUAUGAAUUGUUAUUCAUAAAGCUAUAAAAAAUUAACAUUGUAACACCUCAUAAAUAUUUUGGAAACAUCAAUGUGUUUUGUUAAGAAUAGAUGAGCGAAAUAGUGCAACAAUAAUUAACUUAUGAUGUAAGAUGAAUCUUAAACAUUAUGAAAUAUCGUAUUGAGGAUUUUUUUGCCCAGAGACGAGCCAUUUUCAGCAAAAAAAUUAUUUUUAAACUCAUGUGAUUUUAUUCAUCUGAAUAACCACUCAUAAAGGUACCUUUAUACAAUAAACUGAUAGUGUAAACCUUAUAGCAUAAAUCAUGAAUAUUGUAAUAUAUUACUGUAAUUUUGCAAAUAUUACUCGUUACGUGUUGA